AUGGAUAAGGCAACCGGAUCGUUAUACCCAACGUCUCCUAUGGUUUAUGCCGUGAUCAUCAACCCAAUGAUUGUUGACAACCCUGAUAUGCCCAGUUAUCAGCCUCAUGUCCACGGACGGUGUAACCCGCCUGCGUUGAUCCCUCUUCAGAUGAAUUCGAUAUCCUUCGAGGUUGAGUGUUUUCUGGACACCGCGUUUGUGUCCAUGAGUGGUUCCUGGCGGGUGCAUUGUGUCAUGGGAAAUAAAAAGUGUACUUGUCGUGUUGCGGUUCCUAUGGGCGAAGAGGGUUCAAUUCUAGGUGCUGAGGUUGAAGUAGCGAGAAAAUCAUACUCGACUCGAUUAGCAUUAAUAGACGAAAAUGAGGAGGAAGAAAGUGAAGCCAAACCGGAAGAAGGAGGUCUUCUGAAAGCCCAUAUCUUUACUUUCACAAUCCCACAGGUUGAUGGUGGUUCGAAUCUUUCGAUCAAAGUUAGAUGGUCGCAGAAGAUAAUGUAUAAAGAUGGUGAGUUUAUAUUGGAUGUACCUUAUAGCUUCCCGGAGUAUGUUACGCCUGCCUCAAAGAAAAUCCCAAAAAAGGAAAAGAUACAACUGAAUGUUAACUGUGGUCCGAUCGCAGAAGUUUCUUGGAGCACAACUAGUCACCAGCUAAAGGAACGAAAGUGUGAAUCGGGGAAGUUGGAUUUAUUAUACGAAGCACAAGUUCUUAAAUGGUCAAAUACAGAUUUUGUCUUCAAAUACCACGUUUCUACGACGAAUCUAUAUGGUGGUGUACUUUUGCAGUCUCCACCAACACCGAGUUUUGAUCAACGAGAGAUGUUUUGCUUAUAUCUAGUUGCAGGACCCGAUAAAAGUAGAAAGGUGUUCAGGAAAGAAGUUGUUUUCGUAGUUGAUAUAAGCGAAAGCAUGAUAGGGAACACAAUCGAGGUAACGAAGAAUGCGCUCAUUGCAGCACUGUCGAAACUUGAUCAAGAAGAUUCUUUUGGUAUAACGGCAUUCAACAAUGAGACUCAAGUAUAUUCAUCGACUUUAGAGUCAGCAACUAACGAAUCAAUCAUAAACGCAACCGAAUGGAUUAACACAACUUUCAUUGCAAGUGGCGGUACAAACAUGUCAAAUGCUCUAGAUCAGGCGCUAAAGAUGUUUUCCGGGAGCAGCAAAUCAAUUCCAAUGGUUUUCUUUAUUACUGAUGGAGCUGUUGAAUAUGAGAGACAUAUAUGUGAAGACAUACAUAUACAGUUACAAAACAAGGGGUCAGAACUGUGUCCGCGUAUUAACACGUUUGGUAUAGGUUCAUUCUGUAAUCAUUACUUCUUGCAAACGCUCGCAAUGAUUGGCAGGGGUCAGUAUUACGCCUCGUAUGAUGCCGAUUCGAUUGAAGUUGGAAUUCAAAUGUGGUUUUCUAAAGCUUCUUCUUCCAUAUUUGCCAACAUUGUAAUUGAUGGUCUAGAUGAUAUGGAAGUUUAUCCUUCAACCAUUCCAGACCUUUGUUCCGAAAGACCGUUGAUCAUAUCGGGGCGAUUCAAGGGUAAUUUCCCUGAAAAACUGAAAGUUAAGGGCGUCGUUGCUGAUACAAGUGAUUUCACUAUCGACAUUGAUGUACAACACGCAAACGACAUUCCUCUUGAAAAGAUCCUUGCGAAGAAACAGAUCGAAUCAUACACGACAGAGGCAUGGUUUUCACAGGAUAAAGAUCUUGAGAAGAAGGUAGCAAAGAUAAGCCUAGAGACAGGUAUUGUAUCCGAAUACACACAUAUGAGCUUGUGGAAGACAGAACCGCAAGAUAAACCUUCAAAAUCUGGAAAAAAACAGGGAAAAAAAGAAGCCGGUUCUCAAAACACCGAAGACCCAAAAACCGAAAAGAUCAUAGUGUUGCACCACCUCGGGCUAGGGUUUGGCAACACGAUUGCAACAUCCGAAAACAUCCCUCCAGGUUGUGGACAUAAGAUACAAAACCAAACCGAAAAGCUCGUGACAGUGACUGGUAAUUGCUGCACAAAUGUGCUUGGCAAAUGCUGUUGUAUGUGCUGCAUUCAAGCCUGUUCUAGAAUCAACAACCAAUGCGGGAUUGUGUUGACCCAGUUAUGUGGUGCUUUGACCUGUUUCGGCUGCGCUGAAUGCUGCGAGUAAAACUGUAAUGGAUCGACAUUGAAGGUGAAAUACGGUGCUGCUUGAAUGCUUGGUCAAAAGCAGAUGCUUGUAAAAAAGAAUACAGGAUAACAUGUAUGAAUAGGCAGUUGGAAUAGAUCAGUUAUGUAUGUAAUAUUGAGGAAUAGAAAAAGAAACCGAUAUCGUAAUUAAGCAUUUAACAUUUAAAACAUGAUUUGAAAUAUCAUUAAACCGU